AUGAACCCCCCGCAAUCCUUGGUUGAUUCCUCAUUCCCUUUCAAUCCCCUCUGGGCAAUGCCAACAAAUAGCCUAAAUCCACCGCCCGAAUUCCAAUCCAACCCUCAAACCAUCCAACCUCGCCACUACACGCAUUCUACCAUGCCUCGCCCACAGGUCCCCUCCGUGAGAGAAAAGCAACUCGAACGGAAUCGCAUUGCUGCGAACAAAUGUCGCGAAAAAAGAAAGCAAGAGCAUGCGAGAAUGCAAAAUGCCCUGGACAUCGAAGCAGCCCGACACAAAAACCUGAAAGCCGAGGUGGGGGUUCUGAAGGAAGAAAUUUGGUAUCUCAAAAACCAGCUCUUUGUUCACGCCAAAUGUGACGAUCAGUUCAUCAAUUCCCAACUGGACGAGAUGGCUAGUCGAUUUACACAUGGCGCAGGCGACCCGUUUCGAUGCCCUUCGCCUUCAUUUUCGGUUAGUACGCGGUCGGACCAGUCCGUAGUGGAUCAUGGGACGGCGUCAAAGACGGCAAUGGAUAGAGAGAAGGCACGGGAAUUCUAUGGUGGUGGAUUGUUUGAUAGUUUUGUUGAUGUACCGAAUAUGUGA